GUCGGCGCGGACGCAGCACCCGGAAGUAGCGGCCGGUGGCGGGUGCCCCCUGGGCUGCGCCGGGGGAGGAGGAGAGCGGCGGUUCGGUGUCUCCGCCGUCCCCGGGCCCUGCCGAGCCGGCUGACCUAAACUGAGUUUUUUCUAAACAUCAUGGGAGAGAUUAAAGUCUCUCCUGACUAUAACUGGUUCAGAAGCACAGUUCCUCUUAAAAAGAUAAUAGUAGACGAUGAUGACAGUAAAGUCUGGUCGCUGUAUGAUGCGGGACCCAGGAACAUUCGGUGCCCACUCAUAUUUCUCCCUCCUGUGAGCGGAACUGCAGAUGUGUUUUUCCAGCAGAUUUUGGCGCUGACUGGAUGGGGCUACAGAGUUAUCGCUCUGCAGUAUCCGGUGUACUGGGAUCACCUUGAGUUCUGUGAUGGAUUCAGAAAACUGUUAGACCACCUUCAGCUGGAUAAAGUUCACCUUUUUGGAGCUUCCCUGGGAGGCUUUCUGGCUCAAAAAUUUGCAGAAUACACACACAAAUCUCCAAGAGUUCAAUCUCUGAUCCUGUGUAAUUCCUUUAGUGACACUUCUAUCUUCAAUCAGACAUGGACAGCAAACAGCUUUUGGCUGAUGCCUGCUUUUAUGCUGAAAAAAAUUGUCCUUGGGAAUUUUGCAUCUGGUCCUCUAGAUCCUGAAAUGGCCGAUGGGAUUGAUUUCAUGGUGGACAGGCUGGAGAGUCUGGGCCAGAGUGAGCUCGCUUCAAGACUUACCCUCAACUGCCAGAACUCCUAUGUAGAACCUCAUAAAAUUCGAGACAUCCCUGUAACCAUUAUGGAUGUGUUCGACCAAAGUGCGCUUUCGACUGAAGCAAAAGAAGAAAUGUAUAAGCUGUAUCCUAAUGCCAGAAGAGCUCAUCUCAAAACAGGAGGCAAUUUUCCAUACCUCUGCAGGAGCGCUGAGGUUAACCUAUACAUUCAAAUCCACUUGCUGCAGUUCCAUGGUACCCGGUAUGCAGCCAUUGAUCCCUCCAUGGUCAGCGCAGAAGAGCUGGAAGUCCAGAAGAUCAGUCUUCACACCAGCAAUGAGCACGAAGAGCAGGUGGGCACUUAUGAACACAUCUAAGACAUCAGUGAUGGACACCCCCAAAAAGAGCACGAAGGAAGUGGCAGUGAUGCCAGCUGUUUCUGACAAGAAGCCCUUGAGUUGCAGCUGCCUUCUGCUCAGUGGCAGGGCAGGAGUUUUGCCUGCACCUCCAAGACAAGCUGCGGAAGCAUCAGCUGAAGGAACUGCUGGUGCCUGCCCCGUGUUACAUUACUGUACACUUCCGGGGAGAAGCAGAGUCUGCGUUUGCUUUUUUCCGAAUGCUUUCUGUAAAAGAAAAGAGAACAUUCUGCUGCACAGAAAGUACGAAGCUCUGGCAGGAUGUUUUCAUUUAUUAAAAUGAUGAGAAAAAUGACGUGUAAUGGUAGCGAGGGGGCAGGGCACCUUCCAGCUCAUGUGAAUUGGCUUUGCACAAGUUCUCCUCUGCGUGUGUUGUGUAACAACAGAAUUUGGGUAGUGCUUGGUGCGCGUUAUUUGAAGGAAGACAAAAGUAUUACCUGCUAGAUCUCUUCUUCCGAUGCCCACGAGGCCUUCGUACAAUCCCUUGAUUGGAUUUUCUCCUGCUAUGAUUGCGCCGUGGAGCCAGAUAAGCAGCAUUCUGUGGCCGUGCUCUCUGUAGCUUUUAGUGCCUGGCAAGGUCAAACCACAAAUGAAAUCCUGCACUUACCAUGCAUGGCCCUGACCAGAGCGCCUUUCUGAAGUGGAGGGUUUGGACACCUCUCCCUCCUCUUUGGGUUUUCCUAAGAUGCUCUAAAGUACAGUUCAGCUGUACCUAGUUGUGCUGUGAUUGCUAGAUUAAUAUUCAAUUUAAUGGAAUUGGCCAGGAAUGAGCUUGGCUGGGUCAGAAAACUUUUCAUGGCAACACAGAAUUUCUGCCUUCAGAGCAUAGCUUAGCCCCUUGCAAAUUCUAAAUUUACUGCCGCCUUGGUUCAGCUCCUUAAAAGAAAAAAAUAAAACCAGCAAGUUUCUUCCAUCCUAUAGAACAAGAAUUGUAGCAAGAACUCGCUAUUAACCCCCAUGCUUGUGUGCUUUACUCCUAGACAAAGUUCAGGAUGUGGGACAACUCCACGUUUGUUAAAACCAGCAUUUUUAACCUAAUCUUUAGGUUGUUUCAAAUAAGACAGCUGGUUUUCUUCAUGCUUUGCUGUUGCUGCAGACUUAUCUCCUAGAAACACAGUCCAAGUAAGGGAAGGAAGAUAUCUGAGCAGUGUUUCAUACCUGUCCAUUGUUGCUCAAUGGCCCUAAUGUGGGCAUCAGUGAAUUUCCAGUAAUGGGCCAGCUUCUUCCAUUCACCAGGCCUGAGGUACUUGGUGGCCAGUCUCCACGUUACCGAGCGAAUGUGCUGUGUUUCCAGCCUGUGAUCUUGCUUAAAGGUCAAGUGCUUUGCCACCCAGGAGUCAGAGUCACUGUUCAGAUUGUCCUGUAAAACCCAAAGAGGAGUUUCAGUUGGGACGCUGCAGAUGUACCUGUUGUUCCGCAGUCUCCCACGUCCCCAGCUCUGCGGGUCACUGUGAGUUCAUUCUGGUACAGCACUUUUUUUUUUUAAUUCUCUUUAUUCUCUUGUUUCACUCUGUUCUAAUCAUACACAUUAACAAACACAGUUAAUAGCAGCUUUGCUGCAGAAGCCUAUGCAGAUCCCAAUUUGCAUUUCUACAGUGCCUUUUAUCUGGGGCUUGUAUGCAGAAUCACUUAAUUAAAUCUCCUUGCUCCCCCG